GUGGGAGGGGCGACGGGCGCAGGUCCAGGUGGUCGAGCGUGCGUAAAAACGCAUCAAACACACGCAGAGGAUUUACGGAAUACUGAGCGUCAUGAAAAAAAUCCCUCCAGAUCCCGGUAGUCCUAUCACGAAAUAAGCUGUUUUCAACCAAAGCCUCCUCGUGGAUACUUCUCAGCGGGAGGAACCACCAGCAAAGAGGAGAACGCACUCCGGUGGCGCGUCGCUGCGGUUUCUCUUGAAAACGGACACAAUAGUUCGGCGUGAACUUCAGACUUUUGGCCAAAGAAGGUAACGCAGAAAACCAGAUCAACACGGCUUGUCUCAGCGACAAAAGGAGAUAUGUUCAAAAAAAGCAAGAGUAAAGUGCUGGUGGAUUACGCGUCGGAGGAGGAGGACACGUCGUGGCGCUAUCACCACUCCUACAAGGGCAAAGAGAUAGAAGGAGAGGAGGAGGAGGAGGAAGACGUCACUGCAGCAUCCAAGGAGGUGAAGGGGAAGAAGAUCAUGUCGAAGAAGGAGCGGCGUGAGAAGAAGAUGUUCUCCUCUAAAGACGACGAGCACUUCCUGCUGACCGGAGUAAAGCUGACCGACCGCAGAGGGUCUCUCAAGAAAAGCAAGGAUGACGAGAAGGACAAGGAAAAAAAGGACAAACAAGAGAAGGCCCACUGUUUUUGGGAGAGCGUUACCAUGACAAUGAGGCAGAUCUCCCCCACCAAAAAGCUGGAGAAAAUAGAGGGCUGGGAGCCUCCGCAUCUGGAGAACUCAGCUGAGACGGGGGCCGACGACGCUGAGGAGGAGAAGAGCCACAACGGGGACUCGCCAGGGCCCUUCCCCGAGUCUCCACCGGCCGCCUGGGCGGGCCAAGGCCUCGAGGAGGACUCCUCCCGCUACGCUAACCUGUCGGACUCCAAGGAUUCGACGGCCGCGGUCAGGUGGACAGCGCGCGCCAAAGUCAAGUUGGCUGGAAUCAGCAGAAUGAGCAGAGGGAUCGUGUCAGAAAGCUCUUGGGAGGGGUUUAAAUAGGAGGCUUUUCACCUUCGAUGUCCUCUCACCCCUCUGUCAGUAAAGACGAUGAACCAAAAACAUGCUCGUCUCGGUAGUCUAACAACUGAUAGUGAGAAGCUAACAGAGCCCAGAGCAUAACUUAUGAUGCUAUUUUAGCGUUUAAAGGUCAACAUUCUAGAAUUAUCAAUGAGCUUUUGAAUCACUGACAUAAACUGUAAAUGAAUACAAAUAAAAGCCCUAAACUAUUUUAGCAAUUUAACUUUGAUAUCUACCGGCCUGGCGUUUAUAUAUUUUGUACUGCCAAGAAAUGAGAAGAGUGAUUUUCAUAUAAUUUUUGUGAGGAAUAUGCAAACCUCCGUCUGUGUCUCUCGAUAUGUGCAAUCACGCAACAGCUUAUGAAAUAAUUUGGAUCUCAAAUAUGUCAAAUUAAAAUAUGUAAAAGAGAAGUUGAUGGAGUGGAAGUAAAUGAUGGACAUUUGUUUUAAUGAAUAGCAAAAUCAAAUAUUUGUCCCGCUGUGUUGGGGGCAUGCGAGUGAAUCAAAUCAAAGAACCCUCACAGCGUUGAUCCUUGUUUAAAUCUGAUGCUGGAUAAUUUUUUUAGAACAUUUGUAAUGCUGAUAAAAUAAAAGCCUAACUCUGUAUUUACUUGUUUCCAGUAAAAAUCAGAGACUUCAACCAGUUGUGCCUUGUAUUAAUACAAAGACAUCAUGUGUGUGCUGUACAUUUGAACCAGACCAUCCUCUGUAAGACCAAGAUGCACGUGUGGACGGGUCGACCCAGCAUGCACUGCUGCUGCUUUAGUCAUCCAGACCAUCCCCCCAUGGUGUACGAUUCAGACAUCUGUUUGUAUAUUUUUAUAUUGCAUAGGACCCAGACAAUGAAGAGUCAUUUCAUUUAUACAGAGAUUUUUCUUGAUUGAGUUGAAUAAGUAAAGUCAUGCCACUGGUGUUCUUCUCUCUUGUAUGGUGUUUUGAUCUGAACUGUCUCCUUUUUUUGCAGCCAGAUGUGUACACUUGUGCACGCACACUUGGACAUUGGAAGCAUUUAUCCGGUAUUUAUUUGUUUAGCAGCUGGGUCGGAUUCUCUCCAGCAGAAUAAAGAUCUAGUCCGAC